CUGCAUUCUGUAGGUCACCAAACGAACCAAGAAAAUAUAAAUACAUCAGACAUCUAGACAUGCGACAUCCAUAUUAUUAGUGUCCCUAAGAUUUGAUCAAAACAACACAAACUGCUCGUUGUGAGACGAACAAAACCAAUUGGCCCUGCCUGACAACUGCUAGGUAGCCGGACAACGUCCUCCACGACCGCCCGAUUCUGCAGAGAUGACCAAGAGUAAGAAGAAGAAGAGGCAGGAUGACUUCCAGAAGGUCAAACUGAAGGUGGGGAAGACGAAGCCUAAAGCUGACAAUGCCACCAACAUUAACUUCAGGACAAAGGGAAUACACCUGACUGAACAGCUGAAGAAAGAUGGUUCUGCUCCCACCACACACAGGAAGCUUAACAUCAAGGACCUGCUGUCCCAGUUGCACCACUACAGUGGUACAGUGAAGCAGGGGGCUUUGGUGGGACUGCGGGAGCUGCUGACCCUUCACCCCUCCGAGCUAGAUCAGCACCUUUCCAGUCUGCUCAGUGAAGUCGCCGCUGUCUUCACAGACAAGGAUCCCAAUGUACGGAUGUCUGCCACACGUCUGCUCAGGUUCAUUGCCCAGAGUGUUCCAGCGGAGCGGACGUGUCCAUUCUUUCCUCUCCUCUCUGCCCACCUGUCCUGUGCCAUGACACACAUCGAGACAGGCAUCCAGGAGGACGCCCUGAAGGUCCUUGAUGUUCUGCUGGACCACUACCCUGCCCUGCUGGCUGCUCGUCCUGCUCUUUUGCUCACCAACUUCUUGGAACUGAUUUCACACAAAAGCACUGGGGGCGGGGCUAGGAAGGGGCAGGAAGGGAAGGGGAGGAGCUGGGCCCUGUCAGUCAACCCUAACAGAAACGUGACUGGUCAGCAGUGGAGACUCACAGUGCUUCUGAGACUGGGACGUUUUCUUCAGGCGGUAGUUGAGGAAAGGCGAGCGGAGGAGGGAGAUGUAUGUGUCUCAGGUGAUCUGUUUGGUGGUUUGAAUGGAGAGGAAGGUGCCAACACACCAUUGGAACUCAACUGGGAGGAGCUUACCUAUGGAAAGGGCUCAUUCCAGGUUUUUGAACAUUCAGGAGCCAAUCCCACUCCACAUUCUACCUUUAAACUCAGGCCAGAGUCUCAGCCUGGAACGGGGGUAAGUGAGGGUCUGAGCUCGGUGGAGGCUGUGCGGGGCUUCGCCUCAACCUUGGUUCCCCUUCUUCUGGAUGUCUGGGUAGAGGCCAGUGUCAGCGACCGGAGCAAGACUGACAGUGCUCAUCUACUCACCCCCGAUGCCAUGGCUCUGAUGUACCAAGUCCUCUCUGUACUACAGCUGCUACGGAAGCUGACCCCACAGAGAGAACACCAAGAUGCACUGGAUGCCUGGUUUCGCAGUGAGUACCUGGGGGAGUUUAAGCAGCAAUUCAUGAAGAACUUCCCUUAUGGAAAUCUGGACACCCCUAAACAAAGGAAAAGGAAAGACGCCAAGAGCAGUAAGCAGACUCCCACGGUCCCAGGUCAGGUGGUGGAACCCUUAGCGCUGAACAUUCUGCUCUGCCAGGUCAUGGUUUCCAUGGUUAUUCUCAACCAGAGGGAGGGGCCAGCUCAGGAGCCUGACGCUGAUUGGCUAAUGCCUCUGAGGGGGUUUGUCCAAGAGACUCUGUCCAGCGGGGCCAAGCUGAGCCAUAGACACCUACACACCCUCCUGGAGACUGUGUGGAGAAUGGUCAUCACACAGCGGAGUAGAGCAGUGACGGAGGACUUGUUACAGGCGGUGUAUGUUCAGUACCAGCAAAUGAACCUUAAUCUGCAGACCAGAACACUGCUGCUGUCCUUCUUCAGUCGCCUGUACCUACAGGAACACAACCACAUACACAUCGCUAGGAGUAAGGUGUUGUCUAGGUGGCUGGCAGCACUGCCAAUCCAGUUGUCCCAGCUGGGACACCGUAACCCCGCCCUCUCAGGGUGGCUCCUCCUUUCCAUUCAGGCCGCUGCCUCUCGGGGGAAUAAGGACCUGCUGAAAUCCCUACACACACAUGCAUGCAGGCUCUAUGACCCACAGGAGGGCAGUGUGGUGUUGCUGCCGGCAGAGUCUCAACAGCGAUUGGUCCAGCUACUCUACUUCCUGCCUGUGAUUCCACAGGGUCUGUUGGCCAAUCUGAGUCGCUGCUGUACCGCGGGACGUUUCUCAGCUAGCCUGGCCGCCUCCCUUAUACGCAUCAUACAUCUCAGGUCUUCUUUAAGUGGCUGGUCAGUAGGGUCUCCGGACACAGCGGUGUGUGACGUUGACUACAUCAGCUUCCUGUUUUCCAUCCUCACUGGCUUCUCCUCGGAUGAGUUGUCCACCCUGCAGGAGGCUGGAGACGAGAGUGUCCUCCCCCCAUCACCCCUGUCCCCCCUCAGCCUCUACCCCACCCCCCUGGAGCAGUUCACACACCACUGGGAUGUCGUGGAGGAAGUCUGCCAUUGCUUAGAGACGCUGGGGUCCCGUUCACAGUGCUUCGACGUGCUGCAGAACGGCAUCUGCAAGAACCUGACGGGUCUGGCUGUGGUACCAGACAGUAUGGCAGCAGGGUUGUUGAGGGCAGUGGCCCGGCUGCUGGAUCAGUCCGUCCUCCCCAGUGAAGCGCUGCUGAGGUUCCUCUCGCACUGCUGCCUCAGCCUGCUGUCUCUUGUUCUGACCCUGCAGCACACAGCCUCCGAGACCAACCAUAAGAGGGAGGCGGUGUGGGGGGCGUGCGUGGCGGCGCUGGGCAGCGUUCCCCGGCUGUUACGGAUGGUUCUGCAGUUGUUGCGGGUGGGGGACCUGUGUGAGGAGGAGCUUCCUCAGCUGGCCCAGAUCCUGUCUCUGCUGCUGCAGCACACGACGCUACGCAACCACAUGCUGGCUAACGCAAGUCUUCUGCAACACAUCAUACAGGACCUCACGAGGUACUGUCAAGGCGAGGCGAGGGAGCAGUGGUUGACCGACCUGCUGUACUGUUACAGCGUAACCAUGGCAACUCACCGUGGUAAUCUUGGGCUACGUGACAUCUACUGACCUUGCCCACAAAACCAAAAGUGUGUGCUCUCCAUUCCAUGAUCUCCUGUUUUCCCAUCCAUCUCUUUGUCCUUCUUAAUCAACUAGAAUCCCUAGACAAAAACAACUGUCAGCAUGUUGCCAAAUCUUGUGUGGCUACCACUUUUAGUCCUGUAGAGUGAAGGAAUGGGCAGGCCAGCUUUAACAUGAUUUCUUGUCCCUGUUUACUUUGUUUCUGUUACAAAAAUAAAAUAAAACUGGAGACCA